AUUGUGGGAUGACUUGCGGGAUCGUUAUUCUCUUGGUAACGGUCCCCGCAUUCUUGAGAUUAAGAAUGCUAUUGCUGAUUGUAAACAACGCGGUCGUUCUGUUGCAAUUUAUUAUGGUGAAUUAAAUAAACUGCAAAAUCUGUUGUCUAGUUACUUGAAAUUGCCUGCUUGUACUUGCUCCGCUGCUGCUGAAUAUGCUAGAAUGCAUGAAACUGCGAUGUUGCAUCAGUUUUGUAUUGGUUUGGAUUCCCAGAAGUUUGGGUCCGUUGUGUCUACGUUGUUGAUGAGUGAUCCUUUGCCUACUAUGAAUGCUGCUUAUGCUAAAAUUAUUGCUGAUGAGCGUAAGCAGUCUGUGUCUGCGGCUCAGGAGGCCACUUCUGCUACUUCUGUUGGUUUCCGUGCUACUGGUUCUGCUUCUGGUCGGUCUUCGGAUCGCCUGGAAUGUAGUCACUGUAAACGGGUUGGUCAUGAUAAAGACCAUUGUUAUUCGCUUCAUGGUUUUCCUGAUGGGGGUCGUGGUGGCCGUAGUGGCCGUGGUGGUCGAGGCGGUCGUGGCGGCCGGUCGACUGGUAAAGGCAGGGGUGAUUUUGCUGGUUCGUUGGUAGUACUGCUCGUGGCGCCAAUGAGCAAGUUUCUGAUUCUGAUCGUGGGAGUGUUCCUACGCUUUCUGAUACUCAAUGGAAGGAGCUACUGGCUGCCUUAAAGGGUUCCAAGUCUGGUUCUGCUUCGGAUAACACUAAACUUGGACCGCAAUUUGAGGAACCUGAUUGGAGCGGGGGAGCAGUGUGAUGGGGUCUAUAUUUUUCGUCCUGUUCGUGCUCGGAAUCUGCAGGCGCAUAGAGUAGUUGUUUCAGAUGCUAGUUUGUUGUGGCAUCGGCGGCUCGGGCAUCCGUCAAUGCAAGUUGUUUGUUCUCUUCCGGGUGUUACUAGUAGUCAUCAUAGUACUUCUGGUUCAAGUUGUUUGUUUGAUUGUGACAUUUGUUUUAUGGGGAAGCAACCCCGAAACUCUUUUCCAUUAAGUUCCAAUAAAGCAUCUGAUAUUUUUGACUUAA